AAGUGAUGGCAUUGGAAGGCUGAUUUCAAGGAGGUAAGAUGUACCACAGCUGCUCCCCUGUCACAUUUGAGCAGGAUUCAUACAAGAAAAUGCAGAUGUGGAUUUUACAGACGAUUGCAUUUGCUUUAACAUCCAUAGUUUUAUCUUGGGCAGAAACAAUAGAAUCCUAUGGAGAGAUCUGUGACAAUUGUCCUUGUGAGGAGCGAGAUGGUAUUUUAACAGUAAAUUGUGAAAACAGGGGAAUCAUCAGCCUCUCUGAGAUUACUCCACCACGGUUCUCAAUCUAUCACCUCCUACUCUAUGGGAAUCUCUUAAAUCGACUUUACGUAAACGAGUUUGUCAAUUAUACUGGUGCUUCUAUAUUGCAUCUUGGUAGUAAUGACAUCCAGGACAUUGAAACAGGGGCGUUUAAUGGACUUCAGGGACUUAAAAGACUGCAUCUGAACAACAACAAGCUAGAUCAUUUAAAAUAUGACACAUUUGUGGGCCUAGAAAGCCUGGAGUAUUUGCAAGUUGAUUACAAUUAUAUUCACUCUAUUGAACCUAAUACAUUCAGCAGACUGCAUUAUUUGCAAGUAUUGAUAUUAAACGACAACCUCUUGUCUACAUUGCCCAACAACCUAUUUCGUUUUGUACCCUUAACUCACCUGGACUUGAGAGGGAAUAGACUAAAAGUACUCCCCUUUGUGGGCCUUUUAGAACAUAUGGAUAAAGUGGUGGAAUUGCAACUGGAGGAGAACCCUUGGAAUUGCUCUUGUGAAUUAAUUGCCCUAAAGGAUUGGCUGUACAGUAUUUCUUAUUCUGCUUUAGUUGGUGACGUUGUUUGUGAAACCCCCUUUCGAUUAUAUGGAAGAGAUCUUGAUGAAAUAUCCAAACAGGAACUUUGCCCAAGGAAUCUAAUUUCUGUAUAUGAGAUGCGACCACAAAAUCCUCUUAGUACCAAUGGGUACUAUCAUACCACCCCUGCCUCAGUUAAUUCUGGUCCCAAUAUCUCACAUGCUGUUUACAAACCUCCUUUAAAAUCGCCUAAAAGCACACGUCAGCCUAAUAAACCUAAAAUACGUCCUACAUCACAACACCCUCCCAAAGAUACUGGAUAUAGCAUAAAUUUUGCUUAUCAGACCAAAUCCCCAGUGCCUUUGGAGUGUCCUACAAACUGCACUUGCAACUUGCAGAUCUCCAAUUUGGGACUCAAUGUGAAUUGCCAAGAUCGAAAAAUUAAGAGCAUUUCAGAACUGCACCCUAAACCUUACAAUCCCAAAAAAAUGUAUUUAACAGGAAACUACAUAAGCUUGGUCCGUAGGUCUGACUUUAUAGAUUCUACUGGGUUAGACCUCCUCCACCUUGGAAACAAUCGUAUAUCUGCAAUUCAGGAUAGAGCCUUUGGUGAUUUGACUAAUUUACGUCGGUUAUACUUAAAUGGAAAUUCAAUUGAACGGCUGACACCUGAACUGUUUUAUGGGCUUCAGAGCCUUCAAUAUUUAUUUUUACAAUCUAAUUCUAUUCGAGAAAUUAAAUAUGGAACUUUUGAUCCUGUUCCUAACCUUCAUCUUCUAUUUCUUGAUAACAACUUUUUAAAACAGUUGCCAGUGAACAUAUUUUCUGGAUUGAACCUCUCCAGACUAAAUCUACGAAGUAAUAACUUUACACACUUGACAGUUGGCAGUGUGUUAGACCAACUUAAGUCUUUAGUGCAGAUAGAUCUUCAUGAAAACCCUUGGAACUGUACUUGUCAAGUUGUAGAGAUGAGAAUGUGGCUGGAACAGCUCAGUGUUGGGGUUUUGGUGGAUGACGUAAUCUGCAACUCUCCAAAGAAAUUUGAAAAGAAAGAAAUGAGAUCUAUUACAACUGAGCAAUUGUGCCCACAUUACAAAGAUGUGAUUGUCUUUACACCCACCCCCUCUGAAUUGUUACCCUCAGAGAGUACGACAACCUUAACUUACCCUAUUAAAUUCAACAACGUAUCUAGUUCAGUGCCCUUGUCUGUUCUAAUACUAAGCCUGCUUUUGGUUUUUAUCAUGUCUGUUUUUGUAGCUGCAGGGCUGUUUGUCCUUGUGAUGAAAAGAAGGAAGAAAAAUCAAAAUGAUCCAGCUAGCACUAACAACUCAGACGUCAGCUCAUUUAACAUGCAAUAUGGUGUAUACAGCAACAGACCACUGCCAAAAGUGAAGACCCCAGCUGGACAUGUUUAUGAAUAUAUACCACAUCCUCUUGGCCAUAUGUGUAAAAAUCCAAUUUAUCGAUCAAGAGAAGGUAAUUCUGUGGAUGAUUACAAAGACCUUCAUGAACUAAAAGUCACUUAUAGGAAUCAUCUAGAGGAACAGCGGGAAGGCAAUCUCAGGAGUCCAAAUUAUAGUGUCAGCACCAUAGAACCAAGGGUGGAACUCUCACCAGUGCAAGAUGCUGAGCGCGUUUACCGAGGGAUUCUAGAGCCAGAUAAAGGACCAUCACCAGGUAAUAAUAUCGAUUUUAAAUAUACCAACCCCCCUCCAUUUACCUAUGCUCCGAAAUAUGAAGCAAAACGUCAGUUUUUGCAUCCAGACCGGUUAAGGGAAACAGUGUUAUAUAGCACCCCAAGUACUGUCUAUGUGGAACCCAACAGGAAUGAGUAUCUGGAACUUAAAGCAAAACUAAACGUUGAGCCGGACUACCUCGAAGUUCUGGAAAAACAGACAACAUUUAGCCAGUUUUAGACUCCUAUACCAACAGUAUUAUCUGUGAUAAAAGGACUAUACCAUGAUUUUGUUGCUUCAACCUACGGAUGAAGUGCCUUGGCACAAGAUUUUCAGCUGCAGCAAAUGAUACUGAAAGGGUGUGCAAUUUUAUUAUCUUUCCUUUUUUUUUGUAGAACAUCAAAUAUUGUAUAAACUGGGCAUACCUAUUGCUGUCUGCAAAGCGGUUGGUUGUCUUUGGUCAGUAUCUGCAGCCUGGGAAUAUAUGAUUUGGAAUCACUCCUGGUGCUAGGAGGUAUCUAUGAAGAAUAUACUUAUGCUAUAGCCCUUCAGACAAGGGUGGGUCUAAAUGACUAAUGGUGUUUUAACACCCCUCCCAAUGUUUAAUAUAUGAUCAAUUUUUACAGGAUGUAUUUGUAUGCUUUCUGGACUUUUGAAAUAAACUAAAAAUUAUGUAUAAUACUACAAUCUUUAUGCAUCACCAGUAGAUGGUGUAAACAAAUUCUAAAGUGCAAAGACAUAAAACAUUUCUUGGGUAGACAGAAUUAACUUAUUGUUAAAAAAAAAUCAAAUAUUUUAAUGUAGCACCUAUUUUUAUACGCACAUUAGCAUUUAUUUUUUCUUCACUAUUUCAGUCUUUGAUUUGCUCAAAUGUGUUGCACUAUAUAAGGAAAAUUAUUUCAAGAACUAGUGUGGAAAUUUUGGAGUUAAAGUAUUAAAGAACUAACUUGAAUGACCAAAUCCCAUUUACAUUAGUAAGAAAAAUUGGUCCAAUGCAGUGAAUUGUUAAGUAGUUCUGAAAGAGUUAAAUCAAUAAUUGGGCAAUUCAUAAAACUAAAUAGUGAGGGAUAUCUUCAAAUUCUUGGUUUAGGAGGAAAAUUAUUUCAUUCCAUUAGUGAACCAAAUUUAAAUUAAUCGACUACUGUUGUAGCCAAUUUCAACUGCACUGUACAGAUCAGUGUGUUAUGUCAAUUUGUAAUUUUAAAGUAGGGAGUGUGCAAGCUUGGAUAUUUUUUUUUAUAUAUAUUUUGGGGGAUUAAAGCAUAAAAGUGCAUCUAUAUAAAUAUUAAAUAUCUAAUAAAUUAAUAUAAACCAUUCUUACAAAGCCAGACAUUAUGAAUCUGAAAUUUCACAUAGGCUAUGGAAAAAUGAAAGAUAAGGUAACUGUAGAUAACAUCAAACACUUAUCAAAAUAUCAAAUCAUAUAAUGAUAAUAAAGACCCUUUUACAUUCCUCAAAAUAUAAUUUAAUCAAUUAUACCUUACCAAUUAUGGGAAAUAUUAAAUGUAUGUCUUAUACAAAUUACAUAAAGUCAAAACUGUUUCAGUUUUUUUUUAUUUUGUAAAAUAUUUUAAAACUUCAAGGGUAAGUGGUUCAUAAACUCAAAACACUCAAACAUACAUACACACACAUAUUAAAAAGGCAGACAUAACAAAUCAGUUUGUUUAGAAUGGCCUUUAUCUAGACUUGAGUAGGAUCCAUUAUAGAUUCAAAACAUUGAUGUAUUCCAGCAUAUACACAGAAAAAAAGUGCCACUGGCCCUAUAAAUUAUAUUCCGAUUUUUUUCUCUCUACUAAUAGUAGAAAAUUCAUGCUAUAAUUUAUAUAGUAGCUAUUUAUACAAUUGUCUAUAGCA